AUGCAGAUCUUUGUGAAGACCCUGACGGGGAAGACCAUCACCCUCGAGGUCGAGAGCAGCGACACCAUCGACAAUGUCAAGGCCAAAAUCCAGGACAAGGAAGGGAUCCCGCCGGUGCAGCAGCGGCUGAUCUUCGCCGGGAAGCAGCUGGACGAGGGCCGCACGCUGGCCGACUACAACGUCCAGAAGGAGUCGACGCUCCACCUGGUGCUGCGCCUCCGUGGCGGCAGCCGCGGCGGCCGCCCCACCUCUAUCCCGCCCAACCUCCUGCAGCUCGCGCUCAAGCACAACGAGAAGAGGAUGGUCUGCCGCAAGUGCUAUGCGCGCCUUCCCCCCAGGGCUACCAACUGCCGCAAGAAGAAGUGCGGCCACACCAACGAGCUGAGGCCCAAGAAGAAGUUUGUUUGAGCGAGCGAGAGAGCAAUUCUGCUUCGUCUGCUAUUCUUUCGUUGGCGUCGUCCGGCAUGGACCAGCUGAAUAAAUCGUCUUAGCAUCGUGUCCGUGUCACGGUUUUAAGUUUUUUUAGGGUGUCAGGGUUUUAAGUUGAGUCGAUCGUUAGUUUCAUAGUCAAGUUCAACGCAAUAUAAAAUGUCAGUCCGGAUAUUGUAAUCCUUCGCAA